CCGAAGGAAGCGCAGCCCGCCGGCCAGGGACGCCGCAAGCCAGUUAAGCCGAGCCCAGCCGAGCCGGACGUGCCUGGCUCUGCAGGCAGCGAGUGGCCCGGGGGCAGCAGGUGGUUCGGUACCCUCCGGCCUCCCCAGCAAGAGCGGGAGCAUCCAGCGGUCCGGAGCAUCGCUCUCCAUCCUCACGUCCGCAUCGGGGGGGACCAGCGCGGUCCUGCAUCCCCGCAUCCCUCUCUCGGCAGCUGCGGCAGCAGCAGCAGCAUCUCGGAGCCUCCUGGCACAGCCGCGGGAAGGACGACGCGCGCUCCGGCUGGCAGCAUCUUGCACCCCUCGAGGGCCAGCAGCCCCCGUCCCGUACUCGGCGCUCGCCUCCCUGCCCCGGCUGCUGGGGAGCCCCUGCCCCGCUUGCCCCCCGCUGCCCCCCAUCUCCUUUCGCGCCUCGCCGAGGCCCCCCCACAGCAGCCAAGACGCCGCGGGCGGUGCUCCGAGUGAAGAAUGGGGCGUCGAAGCUGGCCAAGCCGCAGGCGGCGGCUCCCGAAGCCCCCGGGGCCGCCCCGGGCUCCGGGCUGUUCAUGGAGCGCUCGCAGAGCCGCCUCAGCCUGUCCGCCUCCUUCGAAGCCCUGGCCAUCUACUUCCCCUGCAUGAACAGCUUCGACGAGGAAGACACCGAAGAUGGCAGGAAACUCAAGGGUGCCAUCCAGCGGAGCACAGAAACAGGCUUGGCUGUGGAGAUGCCAAGCCGAACGAUCCGGCAAGCCAGCCAUGAGUCCAUCGAGGACAGUAUGAACAGCUACGGGUCUGAAGGAAACUUGAAUUUCAAUGGUGUCCAUCUGGCAUCUGCUGGCCAGUUCAGUGACUUCCUGGGAAGCAUGGGGCCGGCCCAAUUCGUUGGCCGUCAAACCUUGGCCACCACCUCCAUGGGGGAUGUGGAAAUUGGAUUGCAAGAACGAAAUGGACAAUUGGAAGUGGAUAUAAUUCAAGCCCGAGGAUUGACCCCCAAGCCUGGUUCCAAAACCCUCCCAGCUGCUUACAUCAAGGCCUAUCUUCUAGAAAACGGGGUGUGCAUUGCAAAGAAGAAGACCAAAGUGGCUCGAAAAUCUUUGGACCCCCUGUACAAUCAAGUAUUACUGUUCCCAGAGAGUCCACAAGGCAAAGUACUACAGGUCAUCGUCUGGGGCAACUACGGACGCAUGGAACGCAAACACUUCAUGGGAGUUGCCCGGGUUCUUUUAGAAGAACUGGAUUUGUCAACGUUGGCAGUGGGCUGGUAUAAGCUUUUCCCCACUUCCUCGAUGGUGGAUCCCGCUACCGCCCCACUCCUGCGCCAGUCUUCACAGCUUUCCUUGGAGAGCACGGUUGGACCUUGCUGCGACAGGUCUUAAUGAGCCAGGAAGAACCAAAGGGACCGCUUCUGUUUUUAAAAUCAUGCUGUCAAGGUUUUGUUUGCUGGAACACUGACCUCAGGCGCGUUGCAUCUUAGAUCAUCCUUGGAGGAUCCUGAAGGCGAAGGAGAGCAAGUGACCUUGGGCAGCAGCCGAGAUAGGCGCCAAUGACCCUUCUCCAUUCAAGUAGGAAGUGCUGCGGGACACCAGUCCUGAUUAUGAAACAACACACACACACAUACACACACAAGACACGCCUACUGUUUCACUUUCCCUCCGCUGACAACCCAUCCAUAUUCUCUUGCUUUGGAAUAAUGUAAAAUCUCAAAAAGUUGCAGCAUCUUUUUUUAACUGGGGAACAGACGUGUUUUUGAGUAAUUUUACAAAAUUUCACAAGGUAAUUUUUGGCAGUUCUUAAAUAUUCAGAAACAAACAUCCAAUCUGAAACCAAACAGCAGUUUUGACGGCUCUUUUGAGUUUUUGUGAAGUUUGGAAAGGGGUGAGGGGUGAGGAAUGGCCACUAUUUCUUUACAGCAAGUUCUACGGUUCUGUUUGAUCUAGAAAUGUCAUUGCUAUAGCUUUACACUGUGCCAAAUUACCAGCAGUGUCUUUCAGUAUCAGACUUAGGCCAACAAUACUGCUGAGGCAUUUUGCUUAGAAGUAACCAGAAAGUAUACUUGGGUUAAAUCGGUCAGCUCUACUAGAAAGAGCCUAGCUAGCAAAUGAACUGGAUUGUUUCACAGAGAAAUACUUGCAGACAGAGGUGUGAGUUUGGUAAUCCAUUACUAGAUAAUGAACACUUGUGAACUUUACACACAUACACACACAUCGCAGCUUACCUCAAUUUUUGCUCUGCUUCCUGCAAUAUAUUUUUGUCCUAUAUUUCCGCAGGCACGCUUUAGGUUUAGUAGCCCCCACCUUGCAAUGUGCUACAUUCCUCUGAAACAGUGCGGGUUGAUUUGAUGUAGCAAGCCAGUAUUCUACCAGAGUGAACUCACUUAAAAAGGUGACUUUGUGAAAAAGAGAGAGAGGGACAGAGAAAUAACAGGAGAUGAAAUUUUGUUCUUUACCUGCAGAUUGGAUGCAGGAAAUCUUUGAAGAACAGAAAUGUUUCUUUAAGGCUGCUUUAUUAAGACACAAAUGGUGUGCCCAGUUGAGGAGGAGAAAAAGAAGAUCUGCAUUUGCCCCAGAGUUCAGGCAUCAGAGGGUGACUAAGGCAUUUUCACAAGUGAGAUUAAAGGCACUUCUCACAUAGUUUGUGAAGGGCUGUAAGAGUGUGAGAAUGGAGCAACAUUUCAACUUUUCCAUGAGUUGUGUGCUCUCUACAAAAAGAUGUGCUCGGUUUCAAGUGCACUGUUGGUCUUCCAUUCAUCAUGAUUCUCGUAGCCUUGUAUAUAUUCUGGGCUGGGUGAAAAAGAGCUUGUCUUGCACCACAUAUGUGAGAGAGGGCAGUGGUGGGAGUCAAAUAAUUUAACAACCGGUUGUUUACAAGCACCGUUUUAACAACCGGUUCUGCCGAAGUGGUGCAAACCUGCCGAAUCCCACCACUGAGAGAGGGGUACAUGAUGCUGUCACAUGAUCACCUUGACUGCACGAGAAGCCCUCAUUGUGGACGAUCAAAGAAUGGCUGGCAAUUGUUUUCAAGUCAUUUAUGAAAAUGCUGUAGUUCCUGCAGAUACACUAUGUAGCUUUGCUUAAACUAAAAAGGGAAAGAGGUAUAUGUAAAUGAUAUAUGUGAAGGGUAUAUAUUCUGCAGUGCAGCUAGAAAGGCAGCAGCUGCCCACAUAUGGUAGAGGUGGUGGAAAGUGCCCUCAAGUCACAGCUGACUUACAGCCACCCUGUACGGUUUUCAAGACAAGAGACAAACCGAGGUGGUUUGCCAUUGCGUAGCAACCCUCACUGUCCUUGAUGGUCUCCCAUCCAAGUACUAGGCAGAGCUGACUCUGCUUAGCUUCUGGAAUCUGAUGAGAUUGGGCUAGCCUGGGCCAUCCAGGUCAGUGCCUCAGGAAGAGGGACUGGGCAAAUGUACUUGGUAGAGCUGGUUGCACUGAUGAAACGGCACCUUUUACCUGGUGCCAAGGCCCAUGACAAUAAUCCUAGAAAGUAACUCAAGCCAUGAUGCUGUAGCUGUACUGACAUCAACCUUUUGUACUCUACUCUGUGUUUCUCUUGAUCUUUGUUUCUAAUUAGCAUUUAGCCAGCUAACUAUCUCACAUCUGUUUUGCUGUUAUUAAGAGUCCCAUGUUAAUAUUUAAGAACUACCUUGGAAAAUGGCUUCCUGACCUGUUAAUACACACAACUGAGGUCUAUUGACAGACUUCCAAGUAAGCAUGGCUAAAGCAUGAAUUGCUGUAGAAUGAAACCUAGACAGUGGUAUGUUAUAGAUAGCCUUUUUAGUGGUUUUGGAAAUAACGAACAAGAUUACAAAAAUAAAGUAGGCCCAGUAAUGAGUGCUGUUAGAAAUAAAACUAAUAUAGAUAAUAGAAUAAGGAAAAUCUAAGAUCCUUUUUUUUAAAAAAAAGUAUAUUAAAAUCAUAGAUGCUCCAAAGUUACAGCCUCAUUAUCUUAAUUUCUUUAACGCCUGCUGUUUCAGUAUAAUUCCCUUUUCCAAUUUUGCAUUAAAAUUUUUCUGUAUAGUGGCUGAAGGAAGGUAGUUGCAUGCAGGUUAAAAAUAUGUUGUGACUCUUUUUUUCUUAUUUCUACACACGUUGACUGUAUUUUAAGCUGACACCUCUUCAUAUUUGUGUAUAGGCAAUAUUGUACAAUAUAUGUAUGAACUAGAAUAGAUUGGAAUUAGAUUUAGUGGUUGGUAGCACUGACUCUUUUUGAAUAACCUUGUCUUUCAAUAUAGGGAGAGAAAAAAACAUUCCAAACCUGGGACUUAAACAGCGGAUGAUCAUGCUUUCUAAUUCAAAGAUUUUAUGCUGUUUGAACCUGUAAAUCUAAUCUGUCAUGUUUGCUUGUCUCCUGCAUUGUGUGUUUCCGUUCCUCCCCCAAAUGUCUUUAGGUGGAAGAGUGAGAGUAAACAUGUCCUUGAAUACAAUGUCCAAACUAGAUUUCACAAUGUUUAGAGCUGGCAGCUGAGACCCUGGCUGUUUUUGUGAAUUUCUGAUUCUGCAGUGCUGUGUCUCUCUGGACUAUUCCCAACUACAAAAGGGCAAACAAGUUGGGUUUGUUUAAAAGUGCAUGGAAUAAAAGGGACCCAUCCCCAAACUGCCUAGAAAGAGCUUUUAGUAGAAAAUAUCCAUGAAUCCUUUCAGACUUUUUGACAGGUUGCUACAGUGACAGUUAAUUCCUCUCUUCUUUCUUAUUUUCCUUUUGAACGAGGCAUUUUGAAUCAUGGCCAAAACCUUUAAUUGCAUGGAGGGAGGGAAAUGGAUGUCUUGAAUAUUCAAGCAUGUGUAAACCCUUAUGCACACUUUUACCUUCUGUUCAAUGCAUGAAGUUAGCAAAUCUGCCAAAAAUGCUAUGACCCAAUUGUUAAUCUCAUUUUGCACUGAUUCUGUUAUUUAUUCCUGUACUUAAUUCAUUUAUACCCAGCCUUUCUUCCCAGUGGGAGCACCUUGCUGCUGCUGAAAUACUGAAAAGUGAACAGAUAUUUGGAAUCAGUUUCACUUUUCGGUUCUGAUACCGUUGCAGAGCACUGAAAUAUUUCAAAGCUUGGUUCGUUUCAGGACUUUGUACCCCACCCCAACUUUUUGAAUCACUGUGGGCUCGAUUCACAACAGAUCCUAGGCUUAUUUACUUCAUUUCUACUUUGCCUGUUUUCACAGCAGGGAAUCAGAAUGGCUGACAUAAUUCUCUUUGCCUACAUUUUAUCUGCACCACAACCUUGUGAAGUAGGUUAGGCUGAGAGUAUGGAACUGGCCCAAGGUCAUCCUGUGAUCUUCCAUGGUGAGGAUGUGAGCCUGGGACUCUCAGAUCCCAAUCUGACUCUGAGCACUACACCAUGCUGUCUCUGAAGUUUUGCAUUUUGAGUGGCUGAAAUCUAAAAAGCACCAGUGGGUCUCCUGUACCUAUAGGUCUAUGUCUCCUGAAAAGUGCCCCAAGAAUAGGAACACUCUCUGGAGCCGCAAUCCGCUGAGUGCAAACGUCUGCCGCUUGAAGGAAAAAUCAGGCACAGGAGGUCAACCUUUUGCCUGGUGUUUUCUGGAUGCCUGUAAAUUGAACAAACUGCCUUGGUGGUGGAUCUGCUUUAAAAGCGUUCUCUUUCAUUUUCAAUUCAAAUUAACCAAAGGAGGAAUUGAUUCACUCUCAAAUUGAAAAAUGCUGUCAUCCUUGGCAUCUUUUAUCAAAGCCCUCUUACUCCAACCAUGCAGUAAGUUAUGUAUCUAGCUAAAGUAGUUUCCAGAAGGUACCAGUCUUCUCAUCAGCAUUAUAAUGGGAGAAGCAACACCAGUGUCCACUUUUUCUACAGGGAUGGCCAGAUCCCUGUAGAAUUAAGAAAUUCCCAACAGCUAAGUGAUACCCUUAGAACUGAAGCAGCUGUUCUUUCUUAAAGUUCAGCUGAGGCCUGCUUGUUCUGUCUGCGCAUGGUGUCCAGCUCUAAUCCACAGAGCAAACAACCCUGGGCUUUGGUCCCCCGUUCUCCCCCCCCCCCUGUCUCCCCACUACCACCCACCAUACACACACACUUCCCUCCAUGAGAGAUCUUCAUGCUGAGCCAGAAGACAUUUCCAAAGCCUUUCCAAUCAGUCUAACUUCCAUUUUCUCUUUUGGAGUUUGUAAAGCAAACAUGCUUCUCCCCCCCCCCCCCCCCCCACCUGACUUUUUGCCGCUUCAUUUGCUUUUAAAAAUAAAACUGUGUCUAUUAUGUAAAUUUUAAUACUUCUCCUGGGGAAAUAGUAAACAUGCUUGAACAAACAGCAGAAUAGUUUCCCUCCAAAUCCUAAAAUUGAAUUGUCAAAAGACUUUCACAGUCAGGAUCUUCCUGGCUGUCUUGGGUUUUCCAGGCCGUGUGACCCUGGUCUGGAGGUUUUUGCUCCUAACAUUUCACCUGCAUCUACUGCUGGCAUCUUCAGAGGCAUGGCACAGAGAGAAACUCAUCUUACUAUGAUGUGCCUCUGAAAGUACCAGCCAUAGAUGCAGGCAAAACAUUAGGAACAAAAACUAUCAGACCACAGCCACACAGCCCAGAAAACCCACAACAGCCAGAUCCUAAAACUGUUUGGGGGCUGACUGGCCAUUCCACUUGCAGGGAAAUUUCCCUCUGGACCGCUGCCCUAGACCACUGGUGACCAGGGGCAAACAGGGUUAUGUUCCCCCCAGUCACUCUGUCAUGCUUCAGGGGCCACUUGGCUUGACCCCUUCCACAGCAGUGAUGAUUGGGGUCAGGUCACCAAUUACUUCCUCCCACACUGCUGCUUCUUUGCAGGAACAAGAAGUGGGUGAGCUAAUGCCCAUUGUUGACCCCAUUGUAGGAUCUGGCAAGCCUAAUCCAACAAUGGCCCUGUUAGAUUUGAGUCCAGUCGACCUUGGAGAUCAGCUUAAUUGAGAUAGAGGCUUAACUCUUGAAAGCUUAUACCCAAAAAAUCUUGUUGGUCUCUGCCCUUCUGAAACUAUCUUCACGGCUUGCCCCCAUUAGCGUCUUCAAAAACAGGAGGGAUAGUCUCAUAUCUUCAGGCUCAGAGCUUUGGCAAUGCUUUUUUCCCCUCCCCAUAUUAUUGAUAUGAAAUGAGUGGAAAAUAGAGGCCUGGAGUUGAACUUCCAAGGGCAAAAAUACCUGGAAGAACUCCUUUCAAUGGCCUCCAGGACACAGCUAUUCACACUGCACAACAAGUGCUCUAGAAGUCUGCCAUUGGAGUAGGGAACUGAAUCUCAGUCUCCAGUGCCUCUAAACACCAGAUCACUCUUCCUCUAGAAACUGGGUUGUUUUGGGAGGAUCAUGGAUGAAGCAGAACUCAGCCUGCUAUUCACUCAACCAACAUCUCCCAACUUGGGGCAAGUGGUUGUUGAAGCAAAGUAAAAAAAAAAUCGUGAAUGCUUUCGUUGUAUAUAAUUACACCUUUUUAAUGUUUUUUUAAACACUGGAUCCCCCCUUAAAUGUACUGUUUAAAAAUGUAGGUCUUCAGGCAUAUGAAAUGUCAUAAAUUUAUCUAUAGAAAGAAGUUACAUAUGAUGUCAAGGCAGUUUAGCAUCUCAAUCUAAGCAUGUUUAGUAGUGACCAUGGUAGAUGGCACAAUAACUUUUUUAUGAAACUGAUUUUAAGUUAGUUUAUUACAUACUAUUUAAUAAUUUUUUGAAAAUGAAGAAAUAUUUUUCUUUAAACACCAAAAAUGCUGUAUGUUUUUUAACAGAUUAUAUAAUUUAACCUUUUUUAAAACAAAAAAAAAUGUUUUAUGCUCUUGGUAUGAUACGUCUGUAUUCUUUUUUUCUCAACCCAAAGAAAGUUUGUCACCUUUGAAGUUCCAUUGAGGUGAUUGGGAUAUGUUUAUACCAAACUGAUUCGUCCCAUUCAUUUCAGUGGAAUUUGAGCACCACUCACUUUCUCUGGAUUGGCGCCUUACUGGUUUAGUGUUCCAUGUUAAAUUUUAUCAACCUGUGUUUCUUUUCUCCUCCCCCACAAAUGAAAAAAAAAAGUGUAUGUAAAUAGCUGCCAGGAAAUAGUCCUAUAGAAAUUCCACUUGAAACUGUCAUUGUUAUAAUUACGUUAUAAGAUUGUUAAGAAUAUUUGCGGUUGUUCAUGACAUUUCUGCUAAAAUCUACGAUCUAAGCUAUUUCUCAAAGGAACUGAUGCUGUAUUUUCAAGAUGAAAACAGCUACUUAGCAAAUUUGUCAUAAUCCUGUAUUCUGUAAACAACAAAUCUCUUUUUUAAUAUAAAGAUGUCUAAAUAGGCUUACAAGCAAUGAUAUGUUCGUUUUUUGGGGGGGUGAGUGAAGGUUGUUAUGUGAUGAUAAGACAACAUCCUGGGACGCAAUAUGUGAGAACAGAUUUCAUUCUUGGGAUUGAAGUCUGCUCUGACCGGGCCAUCUUGACAUUAUUUAGUUUGGGUAUCCGUAACUGUAAGUGUGCCCCAGUCAAGUGAGCUGCAAUUCCCAGGGUUGUAUCAGGCUUGGGGAAAUAUUGUGACGAGGACGGAUUAAAUACCCCCUGUCCUUGCAUAACAAAAAUAGGAGGGCUUGCCCUGGGUUUGUAUAAAGGGGAAAGGACUGCGGUCCUAUUCACAGAACUCCCCACAUGUCGUGCAGCAGAGCCCUUAUUUGUGCACCCUGUAAGAUUUCUGUCGCCAACUUUCAUGCGACAGUUGCCAGAUUUCGACAGCACAUAAAUGUGCCAUGGAGAGAAACGCCUCUUACCGUGACAUGCCUCUGAAGAUGCCAGCCAUCAAUGCGAGCAACAUAUUGAGCACAAAAACGACCAUACCACAGCCAUACAGCCCGGAAAACCCACAACAGCCAGAAUAUAAAUAGGUCAGCUCUCCAUAUUUUCAGAUGCUUGCUUAGCAUUUUCCACUGUCCUUUCUAGCAUUACCAGGGCUAUAUAUUUUGAAACGGACGACUACUCUGCUCUCUAGUGGCGAGCGAGGCAAAUACAUCUCAUUGGAUGAAAGAUGUUCAUGAGCGGUUAUGGCACUCCAGAUGUUCAUGCCAUGCUGGCAGGGGCUGAUGGGAAUUGUAGUCCAUGAACAUCUGGAGUGCCAUAGGUUCGCCACCAAGGGGUUACGCCAUAGCAGGGGCAUAUAUGCACCUUCAUAAACGUACGAGCACGAUUCACUAGACAAAUCAAUGAAAAAUCAAGCUGCUCUAUUGAAUGCCCACAUAAACGACAAAUAAUACUGACACUCUUUAAAAGCAAAUAUAUUGGAGAUGCCAGGAAUUGAACCUGGGACUCAGUGGUGGGAUUCAGCAGGUUCACACCACUUUGGCAGAACCGGUUGUUAAAAUGGUGCUUGUAAACAAACAGUUGUUAAAUUAUUGAAAUCCCACCACCGGAACCGGUUAUUAAAUUAUUUGAAUCCCACCACUGCUGGAACUUGAUGCAGGCAUAAUAGAUGCUAUGAACUGUGGCCCCUUUACAAAGAAAGGGAUUCCCAUACAAGCAGAGUACAUUUGCUUAGCAAGAUGAUAUGUCCAGAUCUUCAGCAAGCAAAUGUUGAAACAAGGCUCCCAAAACAAGACUACCUCUUAAACACAGUCUGUUGACAUAUGUGAAAGCAGAGCAUGGUUCUGGUAUGACAUUCUAAUUUUGAUCCACGCCUUUUGGCAAACUUUCAGUAAUCCAAUCUGUCCAACAUACAAUGUCUUAUCAAUCCCUCUUUUUCCAGUGCUUCUCGGACAACGACCCAA